AUGAUCAUAGAAAGCCCCAAUUCCAGCCAGGGGAUUCAAUCGAGUGAGAACAAGAGCAUCCCGCUUGAUGGGUGUGGACCGAGGAUGAAAGAUCCGAAACAAGUAAGUACAUACAAGGACAGGUUGAUGUCAAAUGAUACGGGAUUUGUGUUGUCUCCAACAGAAAUUGUGCAGUUAGUGGCUGAGGAUUAUGGUUUGGAGGAGAUGGAGGAUGUGAAUCUGGAAGAGGAGGCUUUCUUCAAUCCAAAACCGGUAGUGGAAGUCUCCUUGGAGGAAUAUGAUCAGUGGUGUAAACCAUGGAAACUUUCUCUCAUCGUGAAGCUGCUUGGCAAGAGUCUGGGAUUUCGAGCGAUGGAGGCUUGGAUUCGGAGGACUUGGUCACGGAAUGGAGAUCUCAAAGUAAUUGACUUGACAGGUGAUUUCUUUUUAGUGAGAUUCAUGGAUGAAGGUGACUAUCGACAUGCCUUAUUUGAUGGUCCUUGGCAAGUUGCAGACCACUAUCUGUUGGUGCAGAGAUGGAGGCCCCUGUUCCAGCCUUCAAAUGAUUUUGUCCAAAAAAUUGCGGUUUGGGUGCGUAUUCCCGAACUUCCUGUGGAGUUGUAUACUAAUAAAUUUCUAUGGAGAGCUGGGAAAAAGAUAGGAACAAUGUUAAAGAUUGACCAGAAUACUUCCAUUCAUUCUAGAGGAAAAUUUGCACGUUUGUGCGUGGAAAUUGACCUGAGACGCAAACUGGUUCCAGCAAUCAAAGUAUUGGGUCACGAUUUCAAAGUGGAAUACGAAGGACUACAUUUAAUUUUCUUCGGUUGUGGCCGUUAUGGUCAUAGAGUUGAGCUAUGUUCGAAAGGAGGGGCAAGGAAGGAGAAUGUUCAACCACUAAGCACUGAUGGUGGUGGUCAAUCGGAAAAUGUUCCGAAGAACUCGGUUGUGAAAUCCACUAAUUUGGUGCCGGAACUUUCGAAUUCAGUUAAUCCAAUUACAAAUAAUGUGGGAAGGAAUAUUGGGGAGUCAGAUCUGAAUGAAGAUAUGGAAAAUAGGAACACCUUGAAUUCUUUUGGGCCUUGGAUGAUAGUUAAGAGGCCCCAAUGA